CCAGAAGGGACCGAUGAGUUGAAGAGAAAGCAGCUUAUGGAGCUGGCGAUUAUUAAUGGAACAUAUCGCCCGGUCAACAAAUACCCAAUACAGACGCCACGUCUGAUCGCGCCAAUGACACUCGUCUCGCCGAUCCGUCAUCCGAAUGGCUCAAUCGCUGCUCAGCCGUUCUUUGUUUCGCCAGCAGGUAGUCCAAUUACGCCAGGCACAAAUAUCAGUACGCCAUCAGCUGUUAACGCAUUCAUGCAGUCACCGAAUAUCGACUACAAUGUGAUGAUGAAUCAACUGUCCUUCGACACGGCGCUCCAGUCAUUCCCGAUCGCCAAUGACUUCCAGCAGCACUCAUCGGCGCAGUCCUAUCCGACCGCAACCUCGCUUCUGAACGCCGCAGCAGCAUCGACUAAUAACAAUACGCUGCAGUCAUAUUUCAUUGACUCUAAUUCGAUCACUCCUCCCGAAUCCACGGGCUCUGGACGUCGCUGA